AUGGGUAACCACGCUCUUGUCUACGGAGCCAGCGGCAUCACCGGCUGGGCCAUAGUCAACGCCAUCUUGGAAGGCUACCCCACGCCCGAGGACUUUGACAAGGUCACGGCCCUGACCAACCGCCCCUUGACACCGGAGGCCGCCAACUGGCCUGCGUCCCCCAAGCUUAAUGUCGUCAGCGGCAUUGACAUUCUGACCGAUAAAGGCCAAGCGGGCCUCGAGGCCGAGAUGAAGGAGCGCGUCGCCGACAUUGACACCGUCACACAUGUCUACUUCUUUGCCUACAUCAUGGAUGCCGAACCGGCCAAGGAAGUCACGAUCAACGUCGAGCUCAUCAAGCGGGCCGUCACCGCCAUCGAGAACCUGUCGCCCAAGCUCACGUUCGUGGUGCUGCCCACCGGCACCAAGGCCUACGGCGUGCACUUGCUGCAGGACAACUUCCCCUUCCACAGCGACCUGCCUCUCAAGGAGUCGCUGCCGCGGAUACCCGAGCCGUAUGCAUCGCAAAUGUUCUACUACGGCCAGACCGAUAUGCUGUCGGCCAUGUCCAAGGGCAAGCCGUGGACGUGGUGCGAGAUCAUGCCGGACGUGAUCAUCGGUUUUGUCCCCAACAACAACAUCUACUGCCUGGCCCAGCAGCUCGGCACCUACCUGUCUCUGUACCGCGACAUUGAGGGAGAGGGCGCCGAGGUGCAGUUCCCUGGCACCGAGAUAUCGUGGAAGAACCUGUUUAUCGAGAGCAGCCAGGACAUGUGCGCGAAGGUGUCGAUUGUGGCGUCUCUGCACCCCGAGAAGACGUCCGAGGAGCGCUACAACGCGGCAGACAGCAACAACGCGGCGUCGUGGAGCCAGAAGUGGCCCGUGAUUGCCGCGUACUUUGGCCUAAAGGGCGUGGCACCGCCGGCUGGCGGCCAGGGUCCCGACCCGGUCAACUACCUGGCGGACCACUUUGAGCAGUGGACGGCGCUGGAGAAGAAGCACAGCCUCAAGAGCGGCCGCGUCGGCAGCCAGCGCGCCUUUGGCGGCUUUGCCUACUUCAUCAUGACCAUGCUGAACUUUGACCGGCAGAUGGACAUGACCAAGUGCUUCGAAAUGAUGGGCAAGGACAAGGUCGAGUACACGACCAAGGACGCCUUCUACACGGCCUUUGACCGAUUUCGUGCGGCCAAGAUCAUUCCGUGA